AUGUCAAUGAGCAGGGCGUGGUUUGAACCUCCACUCUUCAAGGACUGGAUUGCCACCAAGGGGGUGGUAGACCGCGGCUUGAAUAGUUUGCACAGGGCCAGCAUCUUCCUCGGCAGUCAAACCAAUAUUCCAUCUGAAGAUGCUCAGACAGCGCCUCUAUUCGGAACUGACAAAAGCAGUCACGCAUUGUUUCCAGACAAACCUGGUCUGACAUUGUUUUCGUACGAACCUAUGUUUCCUGCAGCCACAACAGCAAGCUCUGGAACCCCAUGGAGACCUGCACUUCUCUUUAAUAAUGAUAGCCCUUUCACAUUUGGAGUAAGCGAGGUGGUCUCAGUUCCUGGAAUUGGAAAUGCCAAUGCUGUUACUUCAAAUGAACCUGAUGGAGAGAGCCAAAGCAUCAGGGUAACAAAGACGAUGGUGACGGACCCUUCUCUCGACGACGACAGGUGGGGAUUGUUUGUAAUGUACAAGCGCAAGUUUUGGUUCGAAGAGAACGAUUAUGACGUCCCUGAAUCCUAUUUCUACCAGACCGGCGAGAAGAUUCAGCCCAAUACCAUCGAGCUGGUCAAGAGAUUCCUCAAACAAGUCCGUGAAUCCAGGGGUUAUGACGUGGAUUGCUGCCCACCUCGAAUGUUUGAAUCUCCAUUCACACCACUUCCACUGGAAGAGAUGCGCCAGGGUACAAGAGAUAGUGAUAAAUUCGGGUAUGCUACAGUGGUCGAAGCAGCUGAGUGUGCGAUUCAGAAAAUCAGAGAAGAGACUGGUCACAGUUACAAGCUUGUGAAAGUCGAGAAGGCUGUCCUGACCAGGGCCUUGGUGUUAUUCUUGACUUUGACUGCCGAGGAAGAUGCUGGCCCUGUGCAAACUAUUCAAGCCGCGGUCUACCACCCCCUUGGUGGCAAUCCAGUCCUUGAAGAGUGGAGGUUCAAACCACUCCCUGCUCAUUGA